GUUGUCAUUAUGUCAUGAUAUUUGGUAGUUUCUAGUAGACACUUUCAACAAUAGUCGGCCGCCGCAAUGUCGGCGGUCGUGGACGCUGUCUUCGGCUCGUACGACGUCAAGAACACCAAGCAGUGGCGCGAUGAGGACCUGUUGUACCGUGAGCAGCAGAAACAGUGGCGCGAGGACGCCAUCCGUCGUGAGACCGAGUGGCGGCGUGCCGAUCUGGAACGCGAGCGGCGCGUGGCCAAACUUGAGUCGGAGAAGCGGCUGAUCGACGCGCGUCACCAGCAACUGCAGACUGUAUCGCAGCUGUCGGCCAUGAUGGCCUUCUUCUCCAUCAUGUUCAUCCAGGAGAUCAAGUCGCUGCAGAGCGACACAAGCCAGCCAUUGCUCAUCAUUUACGGAACUGUUGGCGUGCUCGAGUUCCUGUGUAUGCUGCUGUGCACUUUGACAUGCACGUUGCUGCUAUUGGCGCUCACGAGAUUCGUGACCCACACGCUGGAUGGGGAGGUGCGGCAACUCUCGGAUCGGGAGCUGGACACGGUCUCGCCAUUUACCGACUGGUGGACGAUCAAGUGCGAGCAGGAGUGGCUACUCGCGUAUCAAUUGUUCAGGACAGGCGCGUCCUUCUUCUUGGUGGCCGUCGGCUUGGUCAGCUGGAUCGUGUUCGUCAGAUCCACAGUCGCGUCCGUUGUGGUCUCAGUACUCUGCGUGUGCGGUCUGCUGUACUACAACCUGCGGAUCGCCAGUCGGUGGAGAUAUCUCGUCAAACCAUCAAGCAGCAGACGCAUGAGUGUCCCGUUGCCGUAGCCGCUGAUCCAAAUAUUUAUCGAGGAAACAAAGAAGACCCAGUUUGAUGAACAUGGCACUUGUUGACGUCGUUUAUGGGUUCUCUAUGUACUAACGCUCACGUGCACAAGAGUUCGAGGCUCUCGCUUACUUCUUGUUGUUGAUCUGGCAUCUGUGGUCGCAGUUGUGGGCGCGUGCACCGCAAUUUCUCGCCAGGAACAGUGUGCUACCAAAAAGAGAUCCCGCCGUGAUCGAGCAGUCUGCGAUGGGACCCGUGACCACCACGGGGUGUAGCGAAUGCCGCAGCGUGUAGAAGGCAAAGCCACCCUGACGGCACUUGAGCGAUGCGAAGGAGUGGGUCGGCGGCAGAGCCUCCACCCGCACCGAGAUCUUGCCCGUGGCAGCGUCGAUGUAUGACAUUUGACGCAGCUGCAGUGCCUGUUUCGGGUCUGCUACAGUCUUGGCGAUCUGCUGCUUCAACGGCUCGCUGGCCUUCACGAGGUGCUCCAAUAGAUAAUCGUAGCUCCAGGCUCCGACCUCGUCCUGACUGCCAGCAACCGUGGCGCUGGGAUCCCAGGGACUCUCAAUGUUGGCGUCCUUCAUCUCGAUGUCGUAGCCCAUCUCGCGAGCGAUCAUAAUGGCCUUCUUGGCACUACGUACGCCCAUGACGUCGUCCACGAUAUCACGCACGCUGAACUCGUUCUUGUACUGAUCCAUAAGGUCCUUCAUAAUAGCUCCAAGAUCAGCCUCCGCCGGCUCCGGUAGUGCGAACACAGCGUCGAAAACAGCGUGCAAGAAGCGGCUUCCCGAGUAUUCCACCCGCUGGAUAUCGUCGCCUGUCUGGAUGAAGUUUUGGAUGGUGUUGAAAAUGGGCACACCAAUAGCCAGCGUUGCCUCCGGAUCGUACGUUAGUUCGUUCUGAAUCGCCAUCUCCUGCAUGGCGUUGUGCUGCUCCGUCGAGGCCGACGACACGUUAAUGUUCGACGUCAUGACGUGCACCUUGCGCGCCAGCCACUGCGGGUACAAGUCCUUGACGUGAUGUGAGCUGUUGGAAACGUCAACGAUGAGCCAGUGUGGCAAAUGGUCUGCGCAGACGUGAUCUAGGAACUUGUUCCGGUCGAACGGCACGAAUUCGUCCUGCCGGGCUGCCAAGGCUUCUUCGGUGAUGUCACCGUCGACGUCCAGCAGCAUCUGCGAGGUGAUGUGUGUGCCGAUAGCACGCACACGGAUGUCCACGUUGAAGCGCUGCUUCAGGUACUCGCGUUGCUGAUGGUACUGCUUCAGUAGAGCCACACCGAUGCUGUUGGUCUCGUCUUCAUCGAACUCGAGACCCAUUAGACCGAUGGAAAGGGUCUGGUCCGACAGGAAGAACGACGAGUGUACAGCACGCAGCGCAGCGGCCGAGUCCUUGUAGUGUACCACAGCCGAGAUAUUACGCUCCGAGGAUCCCUGUGAGAUAGCCAACACGUUGAUCUUUGCACGGCCUAGAGCACCGAAGAAACGGGCGCAGACACCGGGAGUCUGGUUCAUCUGAUCACCUACAGCAGCAAUGAUACUGAUAGGCGCAAUGUACUCGGUCUUGUCGAUGUGUCCGACGUGGAUCUCCUUGAAGAAAGUCUCGUUAAUCACCUCCUUGGCGACUUCGGCGCAGUCCAUGGGCACAGCGAAGCAGAUCGAGUGCUCCGAACUGGCCUGCGCAAUGAGCACAACGUUCACCUUGACGCGGUCCAGCGCGCUGAAUAGCCGUGAAGACGUGCCGUGCACACCGACCAUGCCACUGCCUUCAAUGUUAAACAGUGCCAAGUCAUCUACAGUGGAGAAUCCGCUCACAAUGUUGCGAGCUGUGGGAGUUCCGUUCGACAUGGUGCGCUUGAGCUCCACCUUCUUGCGGUCUGAGAUCUUCGUGCCCGGGUGUUCAGGCUCAAAUGUAUUUCGGAUGUAGAUAGGAAUGUCCUCCACGAUGGCAGGCGCCAUAGUCUUCGGGUGGAUGACCUUGGCACCGAAGUACGCAAGCUCCAUGGCCUCCUGGUACGAGAUCUCGGGCAGAAUCUGAGACUCUGGCACACGUCGUGGGUCAGCGCUUAAUACACCGCUCACAUCCGUCCAAAUCGUGACGCUGCUGGCGUGUAGCACACGACCACAGAUCGAGGCUGUGAAGUCGCUACCGUCACGCUUGAGUGUGGUCAUGACGCCCUCGACGGUGCUGCAGAUAAAACCAGUGAUGACCACGUGCGUGAGCUCAUCGCCCUCUCCGUUCUUCAGGAUCGCAUUAAGCUUCUGUUCUGACAGAUCGUACUGCACCACCGGACCGUGCUCGUUGUCCGGCUCGACUGUCAGGAAGUCGCGGGCAUCCACGAACUGGAAACGGUGUUUUUUGCCGUCGUCCUGCAUCUUCUGGCUUAGUACAGCUGUGAGGAUCUUGGCCGACCAGAUCUCACCGUGACCUGAGAUGAACUCCACCACGUUCUCGUUGUACGCCUGCAUGAUGGAGAUGGAGCGCAGCAGCUCCGAGACGGACUGAAGGUCGCGCUCGAUGGCCUUUUCGAUGGGCUCACCCACCUCAGCAGGAAGAAGUGUGCUCACCACGUCGUGGUGUUUCUUACGGAGCGUGGCCAGGAUUUCGUCGCAUUCGGCCGUGCGGCGCUGCUUGGCCAGUUCGAGCAGCGAGAUAAGCAGGUCCGUGACCUUGGGUUUGCCACCGAUGGCCGACACCACCACAGCCAUGCGCGGGGCCUCAUUACCCGACACGAUGUCCGCCACCUUGGCGAAGCAGUCGGCGCUGCCCACGGACGUGCCGCCGAAUUUGUGCACCACGAACUUGUCUGCCAUCGUCACCACUUGUCCUCUGCUCCUUGGAGCUUUUCGCGUAAUGAUUGGGCGCGGCGGCUGAAGCAGGAUUGACUGACGUUGUGUAUUCUUCAUAGUUUAUAUGGAUGGUAAACAAAAAUGCAUAGAAAUAUACCUGUGAGAAUGCAUAACUGC